CUCGCCCCGGAGCAGAGACCCGAAGCCUUCAUGUCGUCCGACGCCCCGCGCCCUGGCAGCAGCUCAUCGCCGAGCAAGAUGGCGCAGAAGAUCGAGGCCGCGCAGUCCAUGGACGGGAUGCUCUCGGGCUACCCGCAGUUCACGCCCAAGCACAAGUCGCUCAUGGCCAAGCACCUCUCGCGCGAGCUGUACACCAAGCUCAAGGACCUCAAGACGUCGACGGGCUACACGCUCGAGCGCGCGAUCCAGACCGGCGUCGACAACCCGCACCUCGGCGUCGGCAUCACGGCCGGCGACGAAGAGUCGUAUGUCAUCUUCAAGGAAAUCUUCGACCCGGUCAUUGAAGGCUGGCACGGCUACAAGAGCGACGCGGUGCACAAGCGGGACUUGGACCCAACGCACUUGACGGACGCCAAGAUGCCCGACGAGUACAUCAUCUCGACGCGGAUCCGAGCGGGCCGCAACAUCCGCGGCAUGCCGCUACCGCCGGCCACGUCGCGCGCGCAUCGCAAGGACGUCAUGAACCUCCUCGACUCGGCGCUUACGGCCAUGGACGGUGACCUCAAGGGCAAGUUCUACAAGCUCGCCGACAUGACGCCCGCGGACGAGCAAAAGCUCAUCGACGACCACUUUCUCUUUCAAAAGCCGGGCGGCGGGACACUUCUGGCGGCCGCCGGCGCCGCGCGCGAUUGGCCCAGCGCACGUGGCAUCUUCCACAACGACGAGAAGACGUUCCUUGUCUGGUGCAACGAAGAAGACCACAUGCGCGUCAUCUCGAUGCAGAACGGCGGUGACAUUGGGUCGGUCUUUGAGCGCUUCUGCCGCGCGGUCAAGUCGGUCGAAGACAGCAUCAAGGCAAAGGGACGUGAAUUCAUGUACGACGACCACCUUGGUUUCAUUGGCACGUGCCCCUCGAACCUCGGCACGGGUCUUCGCGCCAGUGUCAUGAUCAAGCUGCCCAAGCUGAGCGAAGACCUCGAGCGCUUUGAGAAGCUCUGCGGGCUUUUGAACCUCCAGCCGCGCGGCAUGAACGGCGAGCACUCGGCGUCCGUCGGCGGCGUCUAUGACGUCUCGAACAAGCAGCGCAUUGGGUACUCGGAAGCCGAGCUCGUCCAGACGAUGAUCAACGGCAUUCGUCUCCUCAUCGAUCUCGAGAAGAAGCUCGAGGCGGGCGAGUCCAUCGACGGUCUCUUGCCGACCGAGCGCGUGCCCAACCCGGUCAUUGAGGCGCCGACGACGACGUCGGCCGAGAAGGCCAGCAUCGACGUCAAGCCGUCGAGCGAGGUCAACUACCCGGACUUUACGCCCAAGCACAAGUCGCUCAUGGCCAAGCAUUUGACCAAGGAGCUGUACGACAAGCUCAAGGACCUUCGCACAAAGAAGGGAUACAGCCUCGACGACGCGAUCCAGACGGGCCUCGACAAUGCGCAUUUGGGCGUCGGUGUCGUCGCCGGCGACGAAGAGUGCUACACGCUCUUCAAGGACCUUUUGGACCCGGUCAUUGAAGGCUGGCACGGCUUCAAGGCCGACGCCAAGCACAUCACCGACAUGGACGUCUCGAAGCUCGUGAACGCCGACAAGCUCGACAACAACUACAUUGGCUCGACCCGCGUUCGCGCUGGGCGCAACAUCAAGAACCUCAGCCUCCCGCCCGGUACGACGCGCUCGGAGCGGCUCCAGGUCGAGCACCUCAUCUCGACGGCGCUCACGGCCAUGGAGGCCGAGCUCACGGGCAAGUACUUUCCCCUUGGCAACAUGACGAAAGAGGAGGAAGACCAGCUCCAGAAGGAUCAUUUCCUCUUUCAAAAGCCGGGUGGUGGCACGCUCCUCACGGGCGCCGGCGCUGCCCGCGACUGGCCCAGUGGUCGCGGUAUCUUCCACAACACGGAAAAGAGCUUCUUGGUGUGGGUCAACGAAGAAGACCACAUGCGCGUCAUCUCGAUGCAAGACGGCGGCGAUAUUGUGGCGGUCUUUGCGCGCUGGGUCAAGGGCGUCAAGGCUGUCGAAGAGUCGAUCAAGAAGAACGGGUACGAGUUCAUGCACAACGAACACCUCGGGUUCCUCGGCACGUGCCCGUCCAACCUCGGCACGGGUCUCCGCGCGAGUAUGUUUGUCAAGCUCCUCAAGCUCGGCGAAGACGUCCACAAGCUCGAAACGAUCUGCUCGUCGCUGGGUCUCCAGCCGCGUGGGUCGGCCGGCGAGCACAGCGCGGCCGUUGGUGGCAUGUGGGACGUCUCCAACAAGGCGCGCAUCGGCAAGUCCGAGGUUGAGCUCGUCCAGACUAUGAUUGACGGCGUCGGCAAGCUCAUCGAGCUCGAGAAGGCCAUGGAAGGCGGCAAGACCGUCGACGCGAUCAUGGCCGAACUCAACCUCGCAUAAAUAGGUAUGUAGAUAUGUAAUAACCGAAACAAAGAAACCUGUGUAUACAAACCAAUAAGUUCUU